AUGUUCACCUCAGCCCCAACCCCGAAAUCCCACCUCGGCCGCUACCGCCUGCUCGCCCCAACAGCCGGCGUGAAGGUAAGCCCGCUAUGUCUGGGUGCCAUGAACUUCGGCGAGGGCUGGAAAGACGGUCUCGGCGAAUGCAACAAAGAGACAUCCUUCGCGAUUCUGGAUACGUACUAUGAGAACGGCGGGAACUUCAUCGAUACCGCCAACAACUACCAAGCCGAAGACAGCGAGAAAUGGAUCGGCGAGUGGAUGGAGUCCCGCGGCGUGCGCGACCAGAUCGUCCUCGCAACGAAGUAUUCAACUGGAUUCCGGACACACGUCCCAUCCGAGAUCCAGGCUAACUUCGUCGGGAAUAAUGCUAAGAGUAUGAAGUUGUCUGUUGAGGCUAGUUUGAAGAAAUUGCGGACCGAUUAUAUUGACCUGCUCUACGUCCACUGGUGGGACUUCAGCACCUCUAUCGAGGAAGUCAUGACAUCGCUCAAUCAGCUGGUUCUCUCUGGAAAGGUCCUGUAUCUUGGUGUCAGUGAUACACCAGCGUGGAUCGUGACCAAGGCGAAUCAAUACGCCCGCGACCACGGCCUCCGCCCGUUCUCCGUCUACCAAGGCAAAUGGAACGCGGCAACCCGCGACUUCGAACGCGACAUAAUCCCCAUGGCCGCAUCCGAAGGAAUGGGACUCGCACCCUGGGCCAGCCUCGGCGGCGGCUCCUUCAAGACAACCGCACAGCGGGAAGAAAUCGCCAAAUCCGGCAACAACCCUGGCCGGCAGAUGCCAGCGACGGAGCGGGAUAUCGCUGUGUCGAAGGUGCUAGAGGGUAUUGCGGAGAGACGGGGCACUGCGUUGACGAGUGUUGCGUUGGCGUAUGUUAUGCGCAAGGCGCCGUAUGUGACGCCGAUUGUGGGUGGGAGGAAGGUUGAGCAUUUGGUUAGUAAUAUUGAGGGGCUUGGGUUGGAUUUGUCGGAUGAGGAGGUUGGGGAGAUUGAGGGGGCUUAUGAGUUUGAGAUUGGGUUCCCGAUGAACUUUUUGUUCAGAUCGGAGAAUUUGCCGAAGGAGGCUCAUCCGGCGAAUUCGUCGUUUUUGAAUAUUGCUGCUAGGUUUGAUUAUCCGGAUUUAGUGAGGGCUGUUAGGCCGAAGAAGUUGGAUGAGUGA